AUGGAUAAUAUAAUUCAAAAUCUUAACAAAAAAUGUGAUUUUAAAAAAAUAAUGACAUAUGUGCAAAGUCUAAAUAUAACAGAGGUUUGUUCUGAAGUGAGUAAUAUUUGUUUAAAAGAAAAUGGUUCCAGUACUAUUCAAAUAUUAUUUAAGAGCUUACCUAACUCUCCUGUUUUUCAAGAAAAAAAAGAUAAGCUUGCAAAUAAUUUAAUAAGCAUUUUGGCCGAUGAAGUUAAUAAUGUAUCUACAGUACUUUUAGUUAAAAUGUUAAAUAAUUGCUUACAAUUAGUGUUGAGUAAUGAAAAUGAUGAAGAAAUGGUUUGGUGGAAAACAUUGAUACCACAGUUAUUAUCUGCCAUUGAACAUAAACCAUUCGUGGAACAUAAUGGAACGAAAACAACAGGCCAAGAAUUUAAAAAACAAUUUAUAAUUACUCUUUUAAUGAAUGAAUGGAAUAAAAAUAAAUUAAGCAAUAUUGCAACUAUGUUUAGCGAAAUUUCAUUGAAGCCAGAUGAACAUUUAAAAGUAGUUAAUAAAAUAUGUAAAAACAUUUGUAAAUUAAAUUUAAAUGAAAUUCCUCCUCUGAUAUAUCAGUUGUUGAUUUUAACGAAGGAAUAUAAUAGUAUGCCAGUAUUUUUAACAUUGGCAGAUUUAUUCGACAACAAUCUUUAUAAUAAAAUUAAAGAAAAUGAUAAUAAUCAUUCUCAAAUAAUUACAGAAGAUAAUUUAAAUUUCAAUGAAAUCAUAUUAGUGGAAAGAACAGUUUUGUAUCACAUAAAUAAAGCUGCUAGUGGACAAUGUAUAAAAAGCAUAAAGGAUUUUUUAAAAAUUCUCAAAGAAUGCAUUCAUUAUCCAAAAUUUAUUCUGCGACCAUUUUUUUUGACAUUAUUAUUAAAUUUAUCAACUAUUUCUUAUGAAUUUCAAACAAAAAUUAUGAAUCUUAUUUUACCUGCUUUUUCGAGGCAAAUUUUGGAACAAGAAAAAAUAUUUAACUCUGCUUGGCUUGAAACUAUUAUUUCCAAUGAUGUUGAUGUUGAUGGUAAUUUAAGUAAAAUUUUACGUUACAGCUGUAAAGACAAAGAUGAAGUUUUAAAAGGUUUAAUUUAUUUAGGAUUUUCAUUAUUAGAAACUAAAGGCAAAGGAAAGGAAAAUGGAAACGAAUUAGCCUGGAAAAUGGGUUCAACAUUAUUAGUUAAUUUAGUACAAUUGUUUCCUCGCGUUACUUGUCACAUAUUUCAACAGUUAGUAAAUCAAAUAACUCAAAAUUAUGAACUCCCUAGAUUUACAGAUUGUCUGACAAAAAUUAUAAAAAAACGAUCAUUAAAUAUGGUAGAAUUUCAAGAGACAAUAAUUCAGCUGUUGGGAAAUAUUUGUGAAAAUUUUCCAUCGAUUGUCGGUCAAAGAAUUUUCAUUGCCGUAUUACCUAUAAUAAAAAUGUCACAUUCUUUUAGAGAUAAUUUAAUCAUUUUCCUUCGUAAAGCUCUUUUGAGUGAUUUAUCAUCACGAGAAAUGGGCGUUUACGGUUUAUUAGAAUUGUUAAAAGAAUUUCAUAUAAGUGAUAAUUUCUCAUCAUUGAGCCAGUGUUUAUCCCAAAAUUAUGUCGGUAUAUCACAAGUAUUUUCUGGUACUAAAGCACCUAUUUCAAAUGAAGGAUUAUGUUUAGAAAUUUUGGCAAUAUUAAAACAGGUUUAUAAUUAUCACUCCAACGUCAAAAUUUUAUUUUACAACGACAUUUAUUACAGUUUCAAAGAUAACCCGAAAAUCGGAGCUCAAAUUUUGGAUAUAUUAAAAAUUCGUUUUGAUGAAUUUUAUCAAGAAAUUGAGGGAAGUCCUCCUAUAGACUUUCAAAAAACUGUCGUUUCCGAAGAGUCUACAAUUGUCGUUAAAGAACCAAUAGCUCAUUUAUUAUUAGCCAUUUCAAUGGUUGUUGGAAAAGCAGAACAAGAUUUUGUUGGUGAAAUAAAAUUUACCGACGUAUUAAAUACAAUGUGUGACAAAAUGGCGGAUUGUGAUAUUCCUCAUUUCGGAUUAAAUAAGGAUCAAAAUGAUAACUCAUGCAAUGAUGAUCCCGUGGAAUUUCAACUUAAGCAAGAAAUGAUUUUUCAAAUAUUAGGAGUCUAUGAAGCUUUAAUGUCAUUUGUUUUAUGUAAUUGGGAAAAAGAAUUUUUUCCCAAUCCGGCACCUAAAUUAAACGCACUUUUUAAAGGUUAUUGCAGAUUACAUGAUUACGCCAAGUCUUUUGGUACAGCUUCUAAGAAAAAAGUAGAUUUAAAAAAAAAAGAACAGAAUAAAGAAAAAGAAGACCAUGUUAUUGAAAAAGCGUCUGAUAAAUUAAAAACAAAAACCGUUAAAUUUCCAUCAACGAUUUUAAAUUUAAAAUGUAUCGGUCGUCUAUUGACACUUCUGACCGGAAUGCCUGUUUCUUGGGCUCAAAAUAAAAAUUGUGAUUUGAUUAAAAAUAAAAAAGAAUUGCACAGAUAUGGUUACACUGUUACAUUAGAAUUACUUUGUAAAAUUCGAGAUAUAAGUUAUAGUGAACUUUCUAGAAGGAAAUAUACAGUUCAUUACAUUUUUUUUAUCGGACGAAUUUUAUUUAAACAUUGCAUUUCGGAUUUAAAUACAAUAAAAAAUUUUGAUCUUCAAUGUGCAGCAUUGGCAUCAGAAUGUUUUUACGAAUUGUUAACAUUCAUUUCAAAUUGUUGUAAAUCUAAAAUGUCAGAAUUUUUAGUGGAAAUAGGUUUAACGGAUGAAAAAAUCGAUCAACAAUUUAAAAAUCUUUUAAUUACGAUUUUGGAACUUAUUGUUAAUUUGACUGAUGAUGUAGAAGAAGAAAAAGCUAAGGAGGAAAUAUUUAAAAGAAAACUUUAUUUGAAUUUAAUUUCAAUUUGUUCUUUUUUAAUUAAUAAAUUAGAAAAAGAUACAGUCAAGGAUUCAAGCGUUCUGAAUAAAUUAAUAUUAAUAAUAAAAGAAAAAAAUAUACAAAUUCCUAGCGUUGCCAAAGCUUUCCUUUCUUUAUUUAUUGAUUUUCAAUGUAAAGACAAAACGGCUAAUAAAUUUUUAUUACAUUUUGUCCUUUGCUUAUGCGACACGAUGCCAUUGAUUGACGAUGAAAUGGAAAUAGACAAACAUGAAAAUUUUUCAAUUAUUAAUUCAAAAACUUCAACAAGUUGUUUUACAGUUUUAUGCGAAGCAGUUCAUUCCAUUGUACAAGAUAUCGAAUGGGCAUUACAGAGUUGUAAAAUUGAAAAUAUGAUUUUAAAUUACAACAUAACGGAAACAUCGGAGAUGAAAAUAAACGUAGUUAAAGAAAAAGAGAAGGAAAUAUGUCGGCGAUUAAAUUUUUCCGUUAAAAUUCUUAGUGUCCUGUGCACUAUAGCCGUUCCUCCAGGACCUCUUUCUGAUAUGUUAUUAAAAGAAGUGGGAAAUUUGUACAAUAAACUCACAUUAACGGCCAAAUAUUUUACGUAUAAAUAUUUAAAACAACAGCAAACUUUUUUACAUGCUAAGUUUGAUAAAACUGUGAAAAUAACCGAUAAUGAACUUACGAAAAAUAUGUAUUGUUUCACCGAACACAUUAUCAACAACAACGAAUCUUCAAUUGAUGAAAUAACAUUAAUAAAAAAUCGUAAAACAAAUUCUAAAACGAAUUUCAAAAAAAAAAUAUUAAAAGAUACAAAAAUCAUACCUAAAAUCGUUUACGAAAGAGAACAAUUUCAAAAAUUUGUUUUACUUUUAUCUAAAAAAACUAAAAUUAAUUUGGAAUUGAAAAAUACAAUGGCACGAGAUUACAGAUUGUAUUCGAAACAAGUUAAAGAAAUAAUUGAAAAAGAAAAGGAUUUAUUGGAAGAUAUGUUGACGGAUGAUAACGAAUGCGAUCCACCCAAAAAAGCUAAAAUUGAUGAAUGA